UUUCCCCAGUGUGCAUUGCGCAGAGAGCUGCUUAGUUUUCAAAGAUGGCGCUGCACGGUAGUCCAGUAAGACCAGCUCUCUGUUAUCACCUGUAAGACUACGACCUGAAAAAGACAGACCCAAAACCUAUAUUAUAACACAGAAGACAUUCCAAUAAUAUCGGACUAGCCUGUCUUGGCAUUAGUGAAGUAAAAUGCCUUCUCCCAAAGCGCGGAGCAGCGCGGCGCACAGCGGCAGUGUUCCGUGCGGCGGUGGAAACGGGCGCUACGAGUUCGUCUCUCUGAGCCGGACUCCCCCGCCGCACCUGCUGCAGAGGCAGGGCUCCGAUCCCACCACGGCCCGGCUCCGAGCAUCCGAGAGCCCCAGCCGGCGACGCGGCUCGGGUUCGUCCACCUCCUCCACCGGCGGGCAGCAGUUACCGGAGGAAGACUGUAUGAAACUGAACCCGUCCUUCAUUGGGAUCGCGCUCAGCUCUCUGCUGGCCAUCGACCUGUGGCUGUCGAAGCGCCUCGGGGUGUGCGCCUGUGAGGACGCGUCCUGGGGCAGCGUGCGGCCGCUCAUGAAGCUCGUCGAGAUCUCCGGACACGGGAUCCCGUGGCUGGCCGGUGCCGCCUACUGCCUGUACAAAAGCGACAGCGCCGCCGGUCAGGAGGUCAUGCUGAACCUGCUCAUGGCCUUGGUUCUGGACCUGGUCCUGGUCGGCGUGAUGAAAGCUGUAGUACGGCGGCGACGUCCUGCCCAUAACCGUAUGGACAUGUUUGCCACGUUCUCUGUGGACGGCUAUUCCUUCCCAUCAGGCCAUGCCACACGUGCUGCAAUGUGUGCCCGCUUUCUAUUGGCCCAUCUGGUGCUGGCGGCCCCACUCCGCGUUCUUGUCCUGCUCUGGGCCACAUUUGUUGGUUUUUCUAGAGUUCUCCUUGGACGCCAUCACGUGACGGAUGUCACGUUUGGUUUCCUCAUGGGCUACUGGCAGUAUAAUUUGGUUGAGAUGCUCUGGUUGUCUCCAGUCAUGUUGCAAAGCACGAUUGGACAGCUUCAAUGAGAAGCUAAGACUGAGGUCCCCAUUAUUUGAGGAUCUAGACACAUUUGUUUGCUGCCAGUAUGCUGGUAAUAAUUCCUUAAUGUCUGUCAAGUUGCUUUAUGUGCAUGAGUUUAUCACGUUUUCUUGAAUGUAAAGUCACAUAUCUUCUGCCAGUAAUAUCCAAGGUUUUAGGUUCACAUUAAAACAGAUACAUGAGUUUAAGUUGGAGAAGUGUAAACAGGUUUCACUUGUUUUCCAUCACUUGAAG